UUUAUUAACUGGCUGGCGCUUUGGCGCUUAUCUCUGAAAGAAGCACCACUCAACAGCUGCAGCACGUUCCGCAGACAGGUUAGUCGGUCAAUGGUUGGUCACGCGAUUGAUUGUGAAUCACGCAACGCGUGAUCGAACCAACUUACGCACAGAUGAGAUUACAGCGAGGGUGAAGAAUCGCUCCGAAGAACGUUCUGCGGGUACUUAGAUGAAAGUCCGACAGGAGGAUUCUACUACGGUAGAGGGUGUUAAGCAAGUGGUCGCGAUCUCAUCUAAUGAAAAAGAUUACACGAUCGACAACGAGAGUUUAAUAAUCAACGCCAAAACAGCAUUUUUGCGAAUUUUGGAUUGUUUGGUACAAAGUGAAUCUUUGUGUGAGUUGAGUUGAAGCCUUAUAGUAUGCUGAUCCAAAAGAGUGGGAUCAGUGGCGAUGCUACGAUUCUCAGCACCGACAAGACAAAAACCAAGUACGACGAACUGUCCUAUCUGGUGUCGAGACAAUGCCUGCUACAGGAGGAAUUCAAUCAGUUGUCACAGUACGACAGGGUGAAAUCCUCACCAUUGGAUACCUUUAAAAACGCCAUCCGUAGUUGUAAUCCAUUCGCUGCACUGCUUAAAUUCAUCCCAAUCCUGCAAUGGUUGCCCAAGUACAACUGCAAAACCGAUCUCAUGGGAGACAUUACUGCAGGCAUCACUGUAGCGGUAUUGCAAAUACCUCAGGGAAUGGCUUACGUUCUUUUGGCUGGGGUUCCGGCAAACGUCGGCCUCUACAUGGCCUUCUUUCAAUGCUUGGUGUACACGGUGUUCGGCACAUCACGGCACAUAUCGAUGGGUACCUUUGCGGUAGUCAGUUUGAUGACGUCAAAAGUGGUGGUCUCGUAUGCGGCACUGCCUUCCCUUACAACGUCGAUUGUGAAUUCAACCUACUCAGUAUCAUCAGAACCAUCAGAUGAUCCUCAAUACACGCCAAUCCAAGUGGCGACAGCUGUGACUUUUGUUUGCGGAAUCUAUCAUUUUCUAAUGAGUGCGCUGCGACUGGGAACGCUAUCAUCCCUACUAAGUGAACCACUGGUCAGUAGUUUUACGACUGCGGCUGCCGUGCAAGUUAUCAUCAGCCAGAUGAAAGACCUGGUGGGGGUAUCAAUCCCUCGGUAUAGGGGAGCCUUCAAGACCAUCUACUCCUUACGUGACCUGAUAGAGCAGGUGCCGAAUAGUAAUCCCACAGCCGUCUACACGUCGGUUAUUGUAAUAUCGUUCAUGAUAUUCAUAAACGAGUACCUGAAACCAAGGUCAUGCUGUCGGUUUCCGAUUCCGGCCGAACUGAUCGUCGUUGUGGGUGGAACACUGGCAUCGUACUUCAUUGGGCUGGGACCGAACUUUAAUUUGACGCUCGUGGGCACCAUUCCAGUUGGUCUCCCCGCGCCGGAAAUGCCUCCAAUAUCCCUGUUUAAAUUGGUGGCCGUCGACGCCAUUGCCAUCGCCAUCGUCAGCUACUCGAUCGUCAUGUCCAUGGCGUUGGUUUUCGCCCAAAAAGAUGGCUACGAAAUUCGCCCGAAUCAGGAACUGGUGGCCAUGGGGGCUACCAACAUAGUGACCUCCUUCUUCUCGUGCAUCCCGACUGCGUGCUCCCUGUCGCGAUCGUUGAUUCAGUACCAGUCCGGUGGUAAGACGCAAAUCACUGCCACGUUUUCAUCCGUGCUGAUUCUCAUGGUGCUGCUGUGGAUUGGACCGUACUUUGAGUACCUACCGCGGUGCGUUUUGGCGUCGAUCAUAUUUGUCGCGCUCAAGGAAAUGCUGUGGCAGGUGCAGCACAUCAAGAAGUUUUAUCGUGAGGGAUCGCUUGAGCUGUUGAUUUGGAUGGUGACGUUCCUGACUGUGGUUCUUGUUGACGUCGAUAUUGGCCUGUUGACCGGGGUGAUAAUUUCUUUGGUGGCGUUGUACAUCAGAGGUUGGAAGUCGUAUUACAGCUUGCUGGGUACGGUUCCGGAUACGGCGAUCUAUGUGGAUCUGGGAAGUCAUAAUCGCGCAGCCGAGAUACCGCACAUCAAGAUCUUCAAGUAUUCGGGAGCAAUCAACUUCGCAAGUCGAGCUACGUUCAAGAAGGCACUGACCAAGGAGGUUGGAAUUGAUCAACGGUUGUUGAGACGAACUUCACAGUACAAUGCAACUGGCGACGGAGCUGGAUUGCAGAUCAUUCGAACGGUGAUCAUCGACCUGUCCAGUGUACCACACAUAGAUACUGCCGCUUGCAAGGUGUUCAACGAGAUUAAGAAAGACAUGGCUUCGGUCGGGGUGAGCACUUUGAUGGCCUGUGCAGCAGAUUGCGUGUACGACACGCUGAUCCAUGCGGAAUCGAUUGGCGAGGGUGGUUUCCACAUAUUCCCAACGAUACACGAUGCAGUCCUGUACGCACAAGGUUCAAUGUCUACGGUAUUAGACGUCUAG